AUGUGGCGCGGGCUGCGCGCCGCCCUCGGCUGGCUGAGCCGCCUGGGCGGCGGCGGGGCUCCUCCCGCCGCUAUGGAGCCCGCGGAGCGCGCCGUCGUGCGCUGCGUGCCGUCCGAACCCAAGCUGAGCCUGCAGCUCGUGCUCCCCGACGGCAGCGCGCGGUUCAUGCAGCGGGACCAGGCGGAGCCGCUGGGCCGGGCGCUGGCCCGCAUCGCCACCAACGCCGCGAAGGGCCGCUCCAAGGCGGGUAAGAAGAGCAAGAAGCCGCGGGCGGAGGACGGCGAGGCGGGCGAGGCCGAGCUGCCGGAGGUGCGGCUCUUCUCCAGAGACGGGCGGGCGGUGUCCGAGGAGGUGCCGAACGCGGCGGCCUGGCAGGACGGCGCCGUGCUGCAGGUUGGGGCCGCGCGGUACCGCGUGGAGCGCAACCCGCCUGCGCUCACCGAGCUGCGGCUGCCGCGCUCGCUGCUGGCCGGCUUCCCCGUGUGCCCCAAGAUGAGCGCUGAGUUCGCCGCCCCGCAGCACUGCCUGUUCCGCUGGUACCGCGAGCGGCGGCCGGAGGGCGGCGGGGAGGGCCCGGCCUGGGAAGAGGAACGGGAGCCGGAGGGCGGCGAGCGUGUCUUCACGCCGUCCAACGCGCUGGUGGGGCUGCGGCUGAAGCUGCGCUGCACGCCCGGGGACGGCGCCGGGCGCUUCGGGCCGCCCCGCGAGGUGGAGAGCAGCGGCCCCGUGGAGGCCGGGCCGGGCGCGUGCACGUUCGACGCGCGGCACCUCUACACGCGCAGGGCGUGCGGCCGCGGCUCCGUGCGCGCCGUCUCAUACAACAUCCUGGCCGACACCUACGCCCAGACCGAGUUCUCCCGCACCGUGCUGUACCCGUACUGCGCCCCGUACGCGCUGGAGGUCGACUACCGGCAGAACCUGCUGAAGAAGGAGCUGUCCGGCUACAACGCCGACCUCGUCUGCCUGCAGGAGGUGGACAAAUCCGUCUUCGCAGACAGCCUGGCCCCGGCUCUGGACGCUUUCGGGCUCGAGGGGCUCUUCAAGAUGAAAGAGAAGCAGCACGAGGGCCUGGCCACCUUCUACCGCAGGGACAAGUUCAGCCUCCUGAGCCAGCACGAUGUCGCGUUCAGUGAGGCGCUGCUGUCGGAGGCGCUGCACGCGGAGCUGCGCGACAGGCUGAGCCGGUACCCCGUGGUGCGGGACAAGGUGCUGCAGAGAUCCUCCGUGCUGCAGGUUUCAGUUCUUCAGUCUGAAACUGAUCCUUCUAGGAAGCUUUGUGUAGCUAACACCCAUCUCUACUGGCAUCCAAAAGGUGGGAACAUUCGUCUCGUCCAAAUUGCUGUAGCUUUGUCUCACAUCAAGUAUGUAGCACGUGACUUGUACCCUGAUAUACCACUCAUAUUCUGUGGAGACUUUAAUAGCACACCAUCAUCUGGAACUUAUGGUUUUAUUAACACUGGUGGCAUUGCUGAAGAUCACGAAGAUUGGGCCUCUAAUGGAGAAGAGGAAAGGUGCAAUAUGCCUCUAAGCCAUCCCUUCCAACUACAGAGUGCUUGUGGAGAACCUGCAUAUACAAACUAUGUUGGUGGGUUUUAUGGAUGUCUGGACUACAUUUUCAUUGACAGAAAUGCUCUGGAAGUUGAACAGGUCAUUCCACUGCCAAGUCAUGAAGAAGUAACAACCCAUCAGGCUUUGCCAAGUGUUUCACAUCCUUCAGAUCAUAUAGCACUCGUAUGUGACUUAAAGUGGAAAUAGAUUGGCUUUUGCAUAAUGCUUUUUGGAGUUUUUGUACAAAUUGAUGUGCUGUUGAGGAACUGAGGUUCAGCCCUGGCUCGUAUGCUACUAAAAUGAGAGCAAUUUAAGAAAAGUGACUGUGUUUAAUGGUGCUAUUGAAGGUUAUCUCACCGCUGACGUGAACUUGUACAACAAUUGCUCCUUUCCCUUUUUAUAUGCCAAUAGAAAAAAAUAUUUCAGCUGUAAAGUUUUGAAAGUUGGGUUAUAUAUCCUUUUACAGGUUUUUAAAGGACUAAAAUCGUUGAAGAUAUGAAUUAAAUCUUAUAAGUGUACAAACUGAACCCUGAUCAGAACCAGAUGCAGAAUCUGAAAAGAAAUAACCAUGGUUUGGAUUCAUUCAGCUCGUUGUGAUUACUGUGAUAAGACAGAGCUUUUAAAAUAGACUCAGAAGCUGAGUUUAUCAGGCAGUUUUUUAGCAAGAGGCAUGAUCACUGUACCUGCUGCCUUCGGAAAAAAACAUUAAUUAGCUGUGAAUGGUCUUGUUCAAUCAACAGCCAUGUUAAAUUUAAGAUGAUAAUCAACUUGGAAGCACUUUUCUUGCCCACUUAGCACCAGGGUAGUGAGGGUCACUUAAACACUUACUAAACUGGAUUCUAGAUAUAGGUUGCAUUACUGUUCCAUCUGUUGUCUAUAGUCAGUAGUAGUAUUUGAGGUUAGGACAGCCAGCUGGGGAUGGGAGGGAACUCUGACAACAUAAUUUGAUAAUCUCUUUCCAGGUGUGGGGAGGUACAAAAUAAAUGACGUGGUGUAUCCA